AUGGGUGACAUGAGUGAGCAGGAUGAGUGCCUGGAAGAGUCUCCUGGUCGGCGCUCGGGCAGGUCUCCUGCCGGUGGUGCCGGGCCGGGUCCAAGUUCUGCGACAUCAGCUCGGCAGUGUUCACGUUCGCAAAAUGCGAGCCCAGUGUUAGAGCUGUCGAGUGCAGAUUCUGCUGUCCCUUCUUUUUCUGGAGUGCCGAAGCGACUCUUCGCCGGCAAGCGGUUGGCGGCAAAGACUGAAUGUACGAAGCGAACAUCGAAUGUGAAGUUCUUCUCCGUAUAUAUUGAUUGUAAUCCAGAGAGCGAAAGCACAUUAUGGUCUUGUGACGCUGUAGUGGAAUUCCGUCUCUUAUCACAGCGUCCCGAUAUUCCCCAUUUCUCACGACAGUUUACAAACAAAUUCAAUUUCAAUUCGAAUAACUGGGGAUUUCCGUCGUUCAUGGAAUGGGGAGAUAUUUUGAACGCUGAAAAAGGAUAUGUGAAAGGUGAUCGAGUAGUGGUUGAGGCGCGCAUCACAGUUCAGAAAGUGAUUGGAGUUAGUAGUGGACUAAUUCGUAUGGCUAAGAGGCGACGUAGGAAUGAUCGCUUGCAGCGCGGUGGACGUCCCGAAGGAACUCGCGACAAAUGUGAGAAUCCCACCAGCUUGGAACACCCAUCGACUGACUCGCUGUCACAACCGAAGGCAAGUAGUGCUGCUGCUGCUGAUGAUGAUGAUAUUGAGGUCGUAGUGGACAGCCAAGAGAGUGUUGGAUCUUCGCAAUAUGCUGAAAACUCGGACGAUAGCAUCAUUAUUUUGGAAGAUGAUGAGUGGAAGGACUGCAACUAUAAUAAAAGGAUGGACUUCAAACUCAAAGCAAAAGAGAUUUGUUCAUUAUAUGCGCAGUUCAGUGGGAAAGAUUGGGAAUAUCCGCUACAGUCAGAGUGCCCCUUUAGAGACGAGCAGAACCUUCUUGAUCAGCGAAUGAAAUCUUUCAAUCAAAUGAAAGCGUUGUGCCUGAGGCUGGAAGCGUGCAUAAAAGAGAAUUUGCCAGCGGAAAAGUAUCUUUCCUUUGAUGACACAACUCAGCGAGAUGCACUGGAAAUAAUGGGUAUUCGGUACGAAGAGCUCUCGGAUGACAUCUUUGGUGUGAGAGUAGAUCAUCCCUUAGAAUUUGCGCGUGAGAGUUUCUCGAAAAAUCCAGGUGAUGAAACGUUCCAGUGCGAUGACGAUUAUAUCUCGUUUUUCGAUGAUGAUGAAAUAAGAUCAGAUUACGCUGAGAUGUGUAUGCAAAGUAAACUGACUGAAGUUGGACUUCGUUAUGUGAAUAAGGUCUACAAAGUUAUAAGACAAAUAAACGCCACGGUGACGGAAUAUCGUGCAAAGACUUCUCAGUGUGUAGAAAAUUUGCGUGCUGUCGAUUUAAAAAUAAGCAAAAUUCGUGAGGAAUUCGGUAACUUGUCUCCGUUGGUUGCUGAGGCGAUAGAUAGCAACCGGUUAUGGAAUGCAGGACCCUCGAUCAAGAAGGACGCAUUAACUGGUGUGUAUGUUGAGCAUUGUUAA